AUGGUCAUCAACUACAGCAAGUGGGACGCCUUGGAGCUCUCGGACGACAGCGACAUCGAAGUGCACCCCAACGUCGACAAGAAAUCCUUCAUUCGCGCCAAACAAGCCCAGAUCCACCAGGAGCGCGACCACCGCCGCCACCAAAUAAAGACGCUCAAGUACGAGCGCAUCAUCAACGAUGGCCUCACCGAACGCGUCGACCGCCUGCUCACAGCGCUGAAGUCGCACAAGGACAAGCAGGCCGAGGGAAAUGGCCAGAACGAUGACCAGCUCGUCUUCCAGGCGAUGAUGGAGAGCAUGAUGGACAUGAAGAUUGACAAAGAUGGAGGCUCGGACAGGCCGCCGCCACCACCAGAGGGCGUACACGAGCACAUCAAGGACAAGCCCACAUACCCGCAGAUGAUGGCAAGCUUAGUAGACGCAGUGAAGAAGGACAUUGACGAGCAGAAGAGCGAAGAGCCGCGAUAUACACUGUUCAUCCAGGGUCUAGAGAAGGAGAAGGCGCGCAUACAAGACCUCCAGCAACAACUCCUAGCCAAGCUAGACGAGCUAGAAAAGGAAGACAAGAAGCACAUCACGAGCGACGACAUCCACGAAGGCUUCAGCUACUCCAACGUCAAGAAAGCCGAAGAAGAGAAGAAGAAGGCCGCCUCAUCCUCUUCAUCGAAGAAAGAGCCCGCCGUCGAACUCCUCAACAAUCCCUCCCGCCCCUCCGCCACGCGAACAGACACAGGCCAGUCCUCCGGCGCAGAUGGCGACAUAGAAGAAGGCAGCGUCGCCGAGCCCACCGGCGCCGACUCCGACAACGAAGACGACAUCACCGCCUCACCCCUCGCUCAGCAAUUCGCUAAGAUAAAAGCCGGAGACUGGUACGCGUGUCUCCAAUUCCUCAUGGCACACCCCGAGAUCCUCGCCGAGAAAGAAACAGACGGCCUCCUCGUCGAAGCCUUCAACUCUGAACUCGACGGCAAGCCCAAACACGCGCGGCAAUGCGUCCAUCAAGGCUUGUUGCUACAAUACUGUCGGCAGCUGGGAGGUAGACAAGGCGUAGAGCUCUUCUUCAAACGCAUACAAAUAAAAGACCACCAAGCCGGCAAAAUGUUCAACGACGACGUCGACUCCACAUACCACCGCAUCAAGACACGCGCCGCCGAAAUCCUCAAAGAACGCGCCGAGAACCCUUCAUCCGAAGGCGCAGGCGUCGAGCAAAUCCAACUCCACGCCGUAGACCCAGGCACGCAAAUCAACAUCUCGGUUCCACCCCAAGAGUCCAGCGCCACCGACCCAGCGGAGAAAGAAGCAGAAGAGCAAGCACGUCAGAUCUUCGAGUCGUUCCCACCGGGUCUGCAGCGUGCGUUGGAGAGUGGGAAGCUGGAUGAGGUGAAUAAGGUGCUGGCGAAGAUGAGUGUGGAUGAGGCGGAGGAGGUGGUGGAGAAAUUGGGUCAAGGGGGGAUGUUGAGUUUGGAAGAGGGGGUGAUUGAUGCGACGACGGAGGAGGGACAGAGGGUUAUGGGCGAGAUUGAGAAGAAUAGGAAGAUGCCUGGCCAGGCACAGGCGCAAGAGCCUAGCAGGGUUGAGGAAGUAGAUUAG